UCCUGUCAGUCUGUUUGUCAGUUUGAAAGAAUAAUAAAGAAAUCUUUGGGUUGAUACUUUUUAGAUUUUGUAUUUCUCUAAAAAGUUUCCUGUAGACCGUGAAUAGAUUUUCUUAUUUGUAUAAGUUAUGACGUUAGCUUUGUGGAGGUCAUAUUCAAAAGCUCGCAAUUAUGUGAUAAGUGGGAACAAUGGCUGCAACUCUGUAUCCUCUUUGUAUAACUUUAUCACUCGUUCAUUCAGUGAUGACAAGUUUUCUACGCCAGAAUUCACCAACAGCACUAUCUUAAUCGAGAACGGUUACAAUGUCCAAGAACUUCCACUAAUGGUAAGGAAACUAAAGGAUCUAGAGGAUUUGGAUGUUCCACCGAUAACCGAACUCCCGCGGACUACAAACGACUCGGUCAGCUAUCAUCUAAUCCAAGAAGAGUUCAAACAGUGUAUGGAUUUACGUGAAGUAUUUUCUUUGAUAACAAAAUGUACGAAGAUUACACCAAAUAUUGCAUUAGGUGCUAUAGAGAGAAUAUACGAUUUAGAAAAAGAUGCCAUCGUAAACAUACCCAGUGACCAAACAGUACACAUUAAUUUUGCAAAAGGUGCCAUCUUGGAGAAACUGCUGAAGGUUGUUAUGAAGACUGAAGAUACCCAGACAAUAUUAAAUGUUCUAAAAACAUCUUCUACAAUCAUGGAACCAUACAAACACAAGUUUUGUGAUGAGCUACUCCUGAGAGUUAUAGAUAAUAGAUUAACUAUUGAUCAGUUAUGUGAUUUUGCCCUAAUUCUAAGUAAAAGUCAUGGAGAUCAAAAAUAUUCUGAAACAAUAGAUAGAUUAUGGGUUGGUUUUAUUGAAAAAGAGCAAGAUAUUAAUGAAAUUAAUAUUGUCAAGAUUUUCACAAUUUUGCCCGGCCUUAAAGUGAGCAAAAAGACUAUAACAAAUUUGUUAGAGCAAAAAUUAUCUGAGUUAUGGUCUAAAAUAAAGGUACCAGCCAUGCAAGCCAUCCUUGAUGUUUUUUUGGUAGAGAAAUAUUUUUCUAUACAGUGUUACAGCAUUUUAGGACAUUGGUUUUACGCCAAUAUCCAUGCUUUAGAUGAUGAUGAAUUACUGGAUGUGAUUACAAAGUUUACACGGCUUAGAUUCACCGACACUCAAAUAGAUGCAGCUAUUGAAAAAUUUUUAAAAUUUAAGUCUCCCAAGAUCAAAUCACAGGUCCUAGUUAUUGGUAUUCUGAAUUACUGCAUGCAAUUCAAGUUGCGCAAUAAUCACAUACUAGAAGUAUGCAGUCAGUAUUUUAUAGAUAAAAGGAAACAAGUGCCAUCCAGUUUUUUAAAGUAUUUUAUAUAUCCAUAUGGUUAUUUAAAUAUGGAGCCGUCUAAUGUAGAAUUUUGGAUGUUAUCUGAAGAAGUCUUACUAGAACAUUAUCAAAAAAUGAAUGUUGAUGAUAUUUGCUCAAUAAUUUUCUCCUAUAUAUACAGUGGCCAUUAUCCUUUGAAAUUAGUAUCCAAGAUAUUUAGUGCAGAAUACAUGGCUAAAAUAAAUAAUAGUGACAUUUUAAAGAAGCUGCAUUUAAUUGAUACAGCACUAUCCUUGGAGUGUGGGGAGUACAAUGGCCCAUUGUUACCUAAAGACCAGUGGUUUAAACCUGUUAUACAAGACAUUAGAAUAAAAAAUAUCAUUGAAAAAAUAAAGGAUAGCAUAAUACAUGUGAUUGGUGACACAAAUAAAAUGCUGACUGCUGUCAUGUUGCCAAACUAUUGUUCAGAUGAGACAUAUCUGAUUGAUGUGAUGGUGCAUCCGCUUGACACAAAUAGCACAUUUAACUGGAAAUCUGACACUCAUAUAAAAGAGAGUAUAGCAAUACUUAUUCAUUUACCAGAUCAUUACUGUUCUGAUAAUGAACAACUGAUUGGCCCACAAGUUAUGAAGAAGAGGCAUUUAAACAUCCUUGGCAUAAAGGUUGUGAGUCUAAAGUAUGCUUUACUUAGUCAAUUCUAUACAUCAUUCAAUAUUGUUAGCCUCAGGAAAUAUUUAGCUGACAGUAUUGAUAAUGCUGAAAUAUGAUUGCAAAGUGAAUUUAACAUUUAAAAGACUCUGUUUGAGUGCAUUUUGGAUUACCUGUCGAGUUAAUAAUGUAAAAUUCAAUGAUUUUAUCAAUGUGAGACUUACAGAGUAAUUGUAAGACUGAUAUUAAAAAUGAAAUCUAUUAUUGAAACAUCUUAUAUGAUGAACAUAUUAUUACCAUAACAUUAUAUUACAUUAACAUACAAAAAAAUA